CAUUACAGACAGCGGAGUCCUGAGAAGCCAGACAUCUGCUCCUCACAUGAAUGCACUCACCUCCUAGAGACCAGGCUGCCAUCAUGCUCUGGAAGCUCGUGGAGAAUGUCAAGUACGAAGAUAUCUAUGAGGACCGGCACGAUGGCGUCCCGAGCCACAGCUCCAGGCUCUCGCAGCUGGGCUCGGUAUCCCAAGGACCUUACUCCAGCGCCCCGCCGCUGUCCCACACCCCGUCGUCAGACUUCCAGCCGCCCUACUUCCCGCCUCCCUACCAGCCGCUCCCCUACCAUCAGAGCCAGGAUCCCUACUCCCACGUCAACGACCCCUACUCUCUGAACCCACUGCACCAGCCCCAGCAGCAUCCCUGGGGGCAACGGCAGCGGCAAGAAGUGGGUUCGGAAGCCGGCUCUCUCCUGCCCCAGCCUCGGGCAGCCUUGCCCCAGCUCUCGGGCCUCGACCCCCGGAGGGACUACCACUCGGUCCGCCGGCCAGACGUGCUGCUGCAUUCGGCGCACCACGGCCUGGACGCGGGCAUGGGUGACAGCCUCUCGCUGCACGGCCUCGGCCAUCCCGGAAUGGAAGACGUCCAGUCAGUUGAAGAUGCCAAUAACAGCGGCAUGAAUCUAUUGGACCAGUCUGUCAUAAAAAAAGUUCCGGUUCCUCCCAAAUCUGUGACUUCUCUGAUGAUGAAUAAAGAUGGCUUCCUGGGAGGCAUGUCCGUCAACACCGGCGAGGUGUUUUGCUCCGUCCCGGGCCGUCUGUCUCUGCUCAGUUCAACUUCAAAGUACAAAGUAACUGUGGGGGAAGUUCAGAGACGGCUCUCGCCCCCCGAAUGCCUCAACGCGUCUCUCCUCGGCGGCGUCCUCAGAAGAGCCAAAUCGAAAAAUGGGGGGAGAUCUUUGCGAGAAAGGCUAGAAAAAAUCGGUUUGAAUUUACCCGCGGGCAGGCGCAAAGCAGCAAAUGUCACGUUACUCACCUCCCUGGUGGAAGGAGAAGCUGUUCACUUAGCUCGGGAUUUUGGGUAUAUUUGUGAAACGGAGUUUCCUGCUAAAGCUGUUUCUGAGUAUUUGAACCGGCAGCACACGGACCCCAGUGACCUGCACUCCCGAAAGAAUAUGCUGCUGGCUACCAAGCAACUCUGUAAAGAAUUUACGGAUCUGCUGGCGCAGGACCGGACGCCCAUCGGGAACAGCAGGCCCAGCCCCAUCCUGGAGCCGGGGAUCCAGAGCUGCCUCACGCACUUCAGCCUCAUCACGCACGGCUUCGGCGCCCCAGCCAUUUGCGCCGCGCUCACUGCCCUGCAGAACUAUCUCACCGAGGCGCUCAAAGGCAUGGACAAGAUGUUCUUGAACAACACCACCACUAACAGGCACACGUCUGGGGAAGGCCCAGGUAGUAAAACUGGCGACAAGGAGGAGAAACACAGGAAAUGAAAAAUUUAAAAAAAAAAGAAAAAUGUUUUAAAUACAAAAGGAAAACAAAAAAAAAUUUAAUUUUAGCUUUAAAAUGUUGGAUUGGCUUUGGAAGAAUUAUAUUAGGUAGAAUACACAUACAAUCAAAUUUUAAAAAAAAGAGCUAAAUAACUUUAAAAAAAAAAAAACUGAGGCGCACAACGGAGCAACAAUAUCGGUUCCCAGUGUCUAUUUCAAGAUACAUUUGGAGACAAACGUCCGGAUUUUCCACUUCGGUUCUUUCGAGCUUAGUAAUACUGAUAAAUAAAAGAAAACCAUGAUUUUCCCCCUUUGGAAAAUAAACAUAA